CCGCCAGUAGAUGGCGCUGUUUAGGUCAACAGAUCCAACGUGUCUAAUAACUGAAAACACACUUCUUCUCCUCUACCAUACACACACAGCGUCCCUCCUCCUCCUCCUCUUAGCAGAGCACGGGGCAGCCAUUCCGCAGGGCUGGGGAAAGACAAGAUUCCCUUGUUCGCAGGAGAUCAGCAACAAAUCCGGCAAGUUCAAAACGGAAUCUGGAGGGAGAAAGCAGAGGGGACAGUCAGGAACUGAUCCCAAGGACACAGUGACUACUUUGUUCCUUGACUUGGUGUCACCUUGCUGACAACUACAUAGCUGCCUUGUGGAGUUCACCUGUGACUUACAAUACAUUAGGAAUCCUCAUGCUGCUGUGAAGGCUUCUUCUUCUUCUUCCUCCUCAUCAUCUCUGCCCUGUUCCUUUUUGGCAUCCGUGCCUAUUUUUUCUGCUACUGGACAUACAACUAGAUUGGAGUUUCCUUGAUGUGUACAGUGCAAUGGAUGUGAGAUUUUACCCACCACCAUCACAGGCUGCUGCAGCUCCUGACACCCCCUGUUUGGGACCAUCCCCCUGCUUGGACCCCUACUAUUGUAACAAGCUCCAGGACAUCCUUUCUAUGAACCAGUGUCCAGAACUGAGCAGAAUAUUUCAGUUUGACGGAGAUAACAUGUACAUGAGUAUGUCAGAGCCAAACCAGGACUACGUGCCAGCAAGCCAGACCUAUCCUGGACACAGUCUAGAGAAUGAAGACUUUAACAUCCCGCCUAUAACGCCACCCACAAUGCCAGAACAUGCGCUCGUACCUCUGUCGGAGGCAGAGUCAGCAUAUUCCUCCCUUUGUCAUCCAAUGAAUCAGAAUGGUCUACUUCAGUUCCAUCCACAAAAUAUGGAUUUGCCAGCAAUUACAGUAUCAAACAUGCUAAGCCAAGAUGGGUCUCUAAUCUCGAAUUCCCUUGCAGUGAUGCAGGAUUUGCAGAACUCAGACAGGAAUCAGUAUUCUUCUCAUACACAAAUGGCAGCUAUGCGAACAAGAGUCCAACCUCAAGAUAUCCGACAGACGGCAAUGAUGCAGCAUGGUCAGCUGACUACAAUUAACCAGUCACAACUUAGCGCUCAGCUUGGUUUAAAUAUGGGGGCAAACACUGUUGCACAUAAUUCCCCAUCCCCACCAGGAAGCAAAUCUGCUACACCUUCACCAUCUAGUUCAGUCCAUGAAGAUGAAGUAGAAGAUACAGCAAAGAUCAGUAGUGCUGAGAAACGGCCAGCCCCAGACAUGGGAAAGAAGCCAAAAACACCAAAAAAGAAGAAAAAGAAGGACCCAAAUGAGCCCCAGAAACCAGUGUCUGCCUAUGCACUAUUUUUCCGGGACACACAAGCAGCCAUUAAAGGCCAAAAUCCAAACGCUACAUUUGGAGAAGUAUCCAAAAUAGUAGCCUCAAUGUGGGAUGGACUAGGAGAGGAGCAGAAACAGGUGUAUAAGAAGAAAACUGAAGCUGCCAAAAAGGAAUAUCUCAAGCAACUGGCUGCAUACCGAGCAAGUCUUGUAUCCAAGAGUUACAGUGACCCCGUGGAUGUUAAGACGUCUCAACCUUCUCAAAUGAUGAAUUCGAAGCCUCCAGUUUUCCAUGGUCCAACACAGCAACACUCCACAUUGUAUCUCAACUCUCCAUAUCACCAACAGUCAACAAUGAAUCCACAUUUAUCUGCCAUGCAUCCCGGUAUGAACAGAAACAUAGCUCCCAAACCUAACAACCAAAUGCCAGUGACUGUUUCUCUAGCAAGCAUGGCGGUAUCUCCUCCUCCAUCUCUUCAGAUGAGUCCACCUCUCCACCAGCACAUGCAUAUGCAGCAACACCAGUCAAUGUCCAUGCAGCAGUCCAUUGGAAACCAGUUACAGAUGCAAAGCCAAUCAGCUUUGCAUUCACCAGCAAUGCAGCAGGGAUUUUCUCUUCAGUCAGAAUAUCAGAAUCUUAUCAGCCCAACAUCAACAGCAGCCCAGGUUGUUACUCAAGCAAUGGAGUAUGUCCGUUCAGGUUGUAGGAAUCCUCCAGGACAGGCCAUAGAAUGGAACAGUGACUACUGCAGUAAUGGGAACAUGCAGAGGGACAAAGCACUGUACCUAACCUGAAAGUAUGACUGACGUCAAGAAAUUUCUUUCAGAAGAGGAAUGCAGGGACAACCCUUGUCAAGGAUUGCAUUUCGCGACCAUGGCAAUUCUGCAGUUCAUUAGAAAAUACAAGUUGCUAAGCACUUAGGACAUUUACAUUUGUGGGCUAUCCACUCUGGGAAAAUAGUCUUGCUUCUUCUUUUCAAACUUCUCUAAGUAACAUGUUUCCCCUUCUUUACCGAAAGAAGAUUACUAAAAAAAAAAUUGGACCAUUCAUAUUUUAUAUUGGUUUUGCUGUGAAGUGCUGCACUAGUAAAGCUGCCUUAGCAACUGUAGUCAUCUCAGAUUAAAGCAUCCUGGAGUUUGCAUUGGUUUUCAUAAAGGUUGUUUAUAUAAAUCUACUAAAGACUUUCGAAAUGGCUUGAUGUAGCACUCAUAGCAAGGAUGUAAAUAGCAUGAGUGUCCAUUCUCCUAGAGUAUAAAAUGUGGAUGUUGUGUAGCUAAAUUACAAUUGAAAUCCGGUACAUUCUAGGUGGUAAAUUUGGGACAAAUGGUUAUAAUUGGCAAACAUUCAUAUUUUUGCUUAUUUUGUAAAUGCCUAAUAUGUCUAUAUUUUCAAAACUAUUUUGGAGUAAAAACUCUCCACCGAGAAAUUGGCUAAUUGUGCUCUGGGCUAUACAGAAAUCCAACAUGUUUAUUUUGUACCGCAUUAAAAUGGCUUUUUGUAUCACUUCUUGUGUAACUGUUAGUAAAUGUCAUUAUGUCCCACUAUGUAUAAAACCUGCCAAAUGCUUAUAUGUUAUUUUACUAGAUGCAGAAACAGAUUGGAAACAGCUAAAUUGUAACCUUGAUACUUGGCUAUGUGUUAUAUUGUUUCUCCAUACUGUGUCUGUAUUUAAUCUUUUUAUUUUAUUUUGGUUUAAUUUUUUUUAUUUUACUUUAUUUUUUAAUUAAAUGGAGCCUGUUGCGCCUAUUUAUGAAAUAAUAAAUCUAUGUGUUUGUAAGUAAUUUUCUUAGCUUUUCAAAUAUGUUUCUUUGAUGUUUUCACAUUUUUGCUGGAAAAAAUAUAUUGUUUCACAACUCAUGUGAAUUCAUUUCCUUUCUACUGUGACAUUCAAUAAAACCAAACUUGCGUUUUUAAAUGAUAAAAAAAUAAAUAAAAGUGA